UCGGCCUUGAAAGAAGAAAAAAGAUUCGUUGGAAUGAGAUUCCAAUUCCAAAUUCCAAAUUCCCUCCAUGGAACACGAAUUUGGUUUUUGCUUUGUGAAAUGGGAUCGAUUCUGGCACCAAAUGAACGGAAGGCCUCUGCUGUUUGUGUAACCAAAUUUGUUUAUAAGCCCUCCCUCCCUCCCUUCCCCCACCCAUUUGAUCUCACAAGCUUGGAAUAAUAAUAAUAAUAAUAAUGUACCAUCAUCAUCAUCAGCAUAAUAGAGGGAAGAGCAUCCAUUCCUCUGACACCCAUUUGUUUCUUCAACCUGGGAAUGCAGCUGCUGGAGCUGGAGAUUCAUCAGGCCUUGUUCUUUCCACCGACGCCAAGCCCAGGCUUAAAUGGACUCCUGACUUGCACGAUCGCUUUGUUGAAGCUGUCAACCAGCUUGGAGGGGCUGACAAGGCCACUCCUAAAACUGUCAUGAAAAUCAUGGGCAUUCCUGGCCUUACCUUGUACCACUUGAAAAGCCAUCUCCAGAAAUAUAGGCUGAGUAAGAAUGUACAUGGACAAGCGAAUGGUGAAGGAAAUGGAAGCAACAAAACUGAUAUGGGUUGGCGUGUAGGGACAGUGGCGGCUGUUUACGGCGAUCAAAGACGGGCAGCGGAGGCAAAUGGAACAGCCCGCACCAACAACAUAGUGGUCGCCCCACAGCCCUCCUCCCACCCCAACAAAAGCCUUCAGAUCAGUGAAACAAUACAGAUGCAGAUUGAAGUCCAGAAAAGGCUGCACGAGCAGCUCGAGGUACAACGGCACUUGCAGCUGCGAAUAGAAGCACAAGGGAAGUAUCUUCAAACAGUGCUGGAGAAAGCACAAGAGACACUAGGAAGGCAGGACUUGGGGUCAGUGGGUCUUGAGGCUGCAAAAGUGCAGCUCUCGGAGUUGGUCUCCAAGGUCUCCACUCAAUGCCUAACCGCAGCGUUUCCAGAGCUCCAACAAAGUCAAAGGCUAUGUCCUCAACAAACGCAGCCCCCUGACUGCUCCAUGGACAGUUGCCUGACCUCCUGCGAGGCCUCCAAGGACCAACAACAACAAGUCCUUCUCCAUAACUCCCAACACGCCCUCCGACCGAAAGCCAUCGCCACCGACCAUCAUGGGCUGUCCAUAAGCAUUGGGCUGCUGCAGGGGGACAAGGGCGGGGAAGGGGAUAAUGGGUAUUCCCCCUCGUUUGGGAGUAAGAAAAAGGAGGGUGAGGCGGCGUUUAGAUAUAGAAUGGCAGCUUCUUUUUUGGACUUGAAUGCUGGUGAGGAUCAACAACUUAGUAAUAAUGAUCAUGCGGCUUCUGCUACUUGCAAGAUGUUUGACCUUAAUGGCUUUAGUUGAUUCACUUGUUGUCCUUGUUAUAUAUAUACAUCUUUAUAUAAAUUGGGAGUUACAUACCUGCACUUUAACAAAUCUCGACCGUA